CAGAGGAUUAAACACAUCAGGCACAGAAACAGCCUGCAAUAUUGCUCAGACACUGCUGGAUGUUCCAUAUGGACAGGGUGAAGAUGAAAAAUUGGAUGUGUACAUGCCAUGCAUUACAUCUGCAGAAUGUCCCCUGCUAAUUUAUUUCCAUGGAGGUUACUGGCAGUUUCUAAGCAAGGCAGAGUCUGGUUUCAUGGCUGUCCCUUUGGUCUCAAGAGGAGUAGCGGUGGUUGCUGUGGAUUAUAGCAUUGCCCCCAAAGGGAACAUGGAUUUAAUGGUAUCACAGGUGCGAAAAAGUGUGGUAUCCAUUAUACAGCAGUAUUCACACAUAAGUGGACUAUACCUUUGUGGACAUUCUGCAGGUGCCCAUCUUGUGGCCAUGGUCCUCUCUACAGACUGGUCACAGUACAGUAUCACUCCUCAGAUCAAAGGUGCAUUCCUUGUGAGUGGGAUUUAUGAUAUUGUACCAAUCAUCUCCACAUCUGUGAAUGAGCCACUCAAGAUGACCAAGGAGAUAGCCUUGCAUAACAGCCCUAUACAGCUUCUUCAGCAGCUUAAAGUCUCCUCUGCUACUUCAGAAAUUGUGGUUGCUGUUGCACAGAACGAUUCCCCAGAGUUCCGGAGACAGUCAGAAGACUACUUUAAUGCUUUGAAGUCCUUGGGAAUGAAAGUCACAUUUGAAGAUGUCCCAAACACAGAUCAUUUCAACAUCAUGGAAAAUUUUGUUGAUUCAGACUACUACCUAACACAGCUUCUUCUAAAGAUGAUGGGAAAAGACUGAAGUCACUUCCAAGCAACCAAGACACUAAAUUACAGCUGAGUCCACUUGCUCAGUGCUUCUGAUCAUAACAGAAUAGAAUAAUGCCUAUUCAUCAUAACAGAAUAGAAUAAUCAAAGUAUUUUGAUAAUGAACUUACUUUGAUAAUGAUACAGUUUGAUAAUAAACUUUCAACUUAUAAAUAAAGGGCCCUUUGGAUAUUUAUAGAUUUAUAGAUUAUGGGGGUGGUGGUUAGCUGGACUAACAUACAGUAGCUUGAAUGUAAUCCUUUGUAAUAUAGUUGACAUAUAAGUCACAUUGGACAACAGUGUCAGCUAAAUGAAUUAAUAUAAAUGUAUAGAUGGAAAAUGCGUCAUAAGAAAAAAGUAUGCUAGGUACAUAGAAAAUUCAGUUGUGCCAGAUGAAUCUGUGAAUCAGCUACUCAAUUUAAAAUGCUGAAUUUCCCAUUCCCCAUUAAAUGAGAACCUUUUUAUCACUUCAUUAUUGUCCCAUGAUUUGAAAUAAAUGUUCUUUUGCCAAAUUA